AUGUACUCCAAGUUCUGGCCUAAGGGAGGACUCCCCGGUAUCCUGCAUCAUUACACCGAAACCCUUGUCACAUUCGAAUACACCUCCAGCACUGUUAGUCAACCUCACAGCCUUGUUUUCGUCGGCGGCUUAGGCGAUGGCCUCGCGACGACGUCCUACAUGGCAGACCUUGCCCGCGCCCUGCAGUCAACAGAAUGGUCGCUUUUCACCCUGAACCUCACAUCCUCCUACCAAUCAUGGGGUCUGGGUCACCUCGACCGGGACACCGAUGAGAUCGCACAAUGUAUUCGAUAUAUCAAAGAUUACAAGGGAGACAAGUUCGGAAAUGGAAAAGUCGUCCUCAUGGGCCAUUCGACCGGAAGUCAAUGCGUGGUGCACUACCUCUCUCGUCCGAACCCCCACACAGCCACGGCAUCCUUUGAUUCUGCGCUUCAACAUGUUGAGCGACCGGCACUUGAUGGCGCCAUCAUGCAGGCGCCAGUCUCUGACAGGGAGGCGAUUCAGUGGGUCUUGAAGUGGGGUUGGGCUGGUAAGUCGCCAGAAGAGAUCCGGCCAAUUUAUGACCAGGCGCUCGCGUUGGCCAAGGAAGCUGCUCAGAAGGAAUCAAAAUACGAUACCUUGCUGCCUUUGUGGAUGACAUCGACUAUUUGCUAUCCGUCCAAUACUCCGAUUAGUGCGCGGAGAUUCUUGAGCCUUGUCAGCCCCGAGAGUCCCCAAUCACCCGGGGAGGAUGACCUGUUCAGCCACGACCUGGGUGAUGAGCAGCUGAGCAAGACCUUUGGGUUGAUUAAGCAAGGGGGUCUGCUGAGACACAAGUUGAUGGUCCUGUUCUCUGGUGCUGACCAGGCAGUUCCUGAUUGGGUUGAUAAGGAGGGCUUGUUGGCAAAGUGGAAAAUGGCCACGAACCAGGAAGGGUCCCAAAUCUGGGAUGAUGAUCACAGUGCUGUUAUCCCAAAUGCUUCUCACGCCCUGAGUAACGAUGAUCAGGCUGAGCCGCGGAAGUUCUUGGUUGGCAAAGUUCUUGGAUACCUGCAGGCUGCAGAGAGGGUCUAA